AUGUUGAGUCAUCAAAGGGGAGUAAGACCACAUAUUGAAUUUAGUCGCAGCAUUAAAAGAGAUAUCGAUAUAACUGAUACAAAUAAAAAUUAUGCAAGAACUAAAAAAACUAAUAAAGAUAGAAAAUCAAUGCAAAAUACUACUAAAAAAGAGAAAGUUGUAACAGUUAAAUCUGUGGAUAUUGGGUUACCAGGUACAAGAAAAAAAAGAGCUCUUAAAGAACAAAUUGAAACUUUUGUUGAAGGAAUGACUCCAUUAAAAAAGUCUAAUACCCAGCAAGAUACUUUAAAUAAAGGAAAACUUGAUGAAAUACAAAAACAUUCGCAAUCAAAAACCAAAGAAGUUGUAACUACUAAAUCAAGUGUAUCAGUUUUAAACCAUCUUACAGAUGAAGAGGAGAAAGCAACUUCAAAUGAUUUAAACCCAUCACCUGUUAAUAUUGAAGUUGAGCCAUUAGAUAAAGACUCACCAGUGAUUGUUGGAGAUAACUUAGGUGUAUACUAUGGAGAUGAACAAGCCACAACUUAUGGUGCAAAAUUUAUUGACAUGUGUGGUUUUAAAAGAGCAAUGAAAUAUUAUGCACAUUUUAAAGGAUGGAAUUUACGUUCUGAUGUAGUGCAUAUUGUUAAUAAAACCAAGGAACCGGAACCAGAACCCAAAGUUGAUAAUGACACAUAUUCUUUAAAAACUAAUCCUCCUGAACAUUCGCAAUCAAAAACCAAAGAAGUUGUAACUACUAAAUCAAGUGUAUCAGUUUUAAACCAUCUUACAGAUGAAGAGGAGAAAGCAACUUCAAAUGAUUUAAACCCAUCACCUGUUAAUAUUGAUGUUGAGCCAUUUGAUAAAGACUCACCAGUGAUUGUUGGAGAUAACUUAGGUGUACGCUAUGGAGAUGAACAAGCCACAACUUAUGAUGUAAAAUUUAUUGACAUGUGUGGUUUUAAAAGAGCAAUGAAAUAUUAUGCACAUUUUAAAGGAUGGAAUUUACGUUCUGAUGUAGUGCAUAUUGUUAAUAAAACCAAGGAACCGGAACCAGAACCCAAAGUUGAUAAUGACACAUAUUCUUUAAAAACUAAUCCUCCUGAAUUAUUUAGAACUAUAUAUAUUCUAAAUUCUAUGGCUCUAGGGCUAGUGCUCUCUUUGUGGCCCGAGUAUAAAUGCCAUGGAUCUAGGGUUACCACCUCUCCGGGUUUCACCAGAAGCACUAGAAUACGAGGAUUUCAUGAAAACACUAUGCCCAGUACCAGCAAAAGUGUUUAUUAUCAAGAUUUUGAUGUAAAUAGCGAACUAUUUUGUGAAGAGACUAUACCAGGUAGUCCAACUAGUACAUCAGAAGAGCAAAAUAAUCAAGAAGAAAGAAAAAAAGCUCCUCAAGAACUCUAUGAAGAAAGAGAAGCUGUUAUAGCCAUAUAUGCCAAGAAUCACUCUUUAAAUAAAUCAAAUACUUUGAUGGGUGCUACUAAAGAAAAAAAGAUAGAAAUAUAUACUAAUAUUUUUCAUAAUUUUAUCAAAAACUAUGGAGAUGGAGAUGGAUUUCAACCUAAUUGUGAUCUAGUAACUGCUAAAGUAUGUUAUAUUCAUACUAAAUGUGUAAACAAUGGAAUAGAAACAGAACAUGUUUUAAAGAAAAUGACUUCAUCACAGCGACAAGCUGUGAUACUAGCUGAAAUGAACAAGUUGCAAUCUUCAUUUAAAAAAUGUCAGAAGAAGUUAGCUAUUAUCGAUAAAAGAGUUAAAAAAAUUCAAAAGCGAAAAAGAAAAAUGGCAAAAGCUACUGCUACUACUACGAUUUAA